AUGUCCAUGGGAUUCUGCAGCUGGAUUCUGAACUUGUCACAAAGACCUGCGGAAUCUGUGGCUAUUGGAGACCAGGGAAGAAUUCUUACAUUAGAUUUAAUUAUUUCCUGUGCUUGUCCUUUUAAGAGUUUGUACGAGGUUACAUUGGACAUCAUGAUCAAGAGCAGGGUGUGCAAGAUCUUCUGGCAGGGACUAAGAAGAUUCAAAGAAUUUCAGUUCAUUUACAUGACUACUGAAGCAUGCCAGACCUUUGGUGUGGAAGAAGGCGAGAAGUAUACCAAACUGUCCUUCAACUACAAUGAGUUCAAGAUCAGAAAGGAUCACCUUCCUCUCAGAGCAAUCCAGAUAACCAAGAAGAAACCAGAAUGGAGGACUGAGAAGGAAAUUAAGCUGUUACAAAACUGCUUGCAGUUGCUAGAAAGCUACCGAAAUUAUAGCCCAAAUCUACAGCAUCUUCUGGCUAAGGUGAUUCGCUUUGAACGGUUUGGACGCAGAAGAGUUAUCAUCAAGAAGGGGCACUAUGGAAACACUUUUUACUUCAUCUAUUUUGGUACUGUUGCUGUUACUGAGGAUGAGGAUGGUAACAGUGCCUUUCUGGAUGGAGAUCCAACUUUGCUUCGGAAGGGUGCUGCAUUUGGAGAGAUUGCUCUUUUAAAAGGAACAAGGAGAGUUGCUACGGUUGUCUGCAUGGAAGAAACUGAACUGCUGGUGGUAGAUAAAGAAGACUUCUUUGCUAAUAAACUAGAUGAAGAGCUUCAGAAAGAAUUACAGUAUCGUUACACCUUUUUCAAAGGUUUAGAUGUCUUUCGAACAUGGCCUGAGUACUCAAUAGAGAAAAUAGCUAAUCACUGCAGAGCAGAGAAGUUUCAUUCUGGACAAGUGAUUGUUAGGGACAUUGUGGAGUCAACCAGCAUAAUAUUCAUUACAAAGGGAACAUGUGAAGUUUUACAUCUGGUUGAUCUCACUGCUUGCCCAUCCUAUCACAAGUGGAUCUGUCAGCAAAUGGAUCUUCCCAAAUACAAUCCUCAUUCCACAAUGGAGACUGGUGUCACAGGAAGAAAAAAAUUCAAUGAUUUUAUGUGGAAAUCCUUUCCUGUGCAAGACCUGAGUAAUCUGAAAUCUCUGUAUAUCCUGCCUUUGAAGCACCACAGAGAUGAAUGUUUUAAAAAACCUAGCCAUGUUAUAAAUGGGAAACAUGAAAAUAUAAACAGAAAGCUGGAGAAACAAAAGAGAGAUGACAGAAACAGGGUUUGUAGAUUUGACAACAGCCCCAUUGGGGAUGAAGGUGAGAGAGAAGUUGUUCAGAAUGAAGUAUUGGGGCUUAUACGAAAGAAGCUAACCAUUCUCACACCAUAUGGAGAACUACCCACAGCUCUUGCUGCAGCAGUUUAUACAAGAGUGGAUGAAGUCCAUGCGGGAGAAUUCUUGGGGAUCAGUCAGCAUCUCUUACCAGAAUAUAUGCAAGAUAAGCGAUGCUUCGUUUUGGUUAGCCGAGGAGCUGAAAUAAUACGGUUGAAAAAGGACAGGUUUGAGGAGUUAGCAGAUGAUACGACAAUAAUGAAAUUACACAAAAUAAAGACCACAUACCCCAGUGAUGAUGAGCUUUGUCAGAAGUUCCUAAAACAAAACAACUGGAAAAUGUUCAGGAAAGAUGUGGUGAAUCUUAUAUUGGACCAAAAAUUCAUGAUGAUGGCAAGCCCUCCAUCUGUAAAGCCCAAGGAGGAUGCUAAUAGUUCCUGGAGCAUGAAUCGAGCAGGUGUUCUGGACUUGGCUGCUCUUUGCCGUCCUGCUCCUUCAGGCGCUAGACAACAACAACACAGAUUUGUCCCGGUCCAAACACAACAAAGACAGGAUUCUCAGGCCCUUCCUAAUAUAGAGUUAAGGUUGAUUCAUGGCAUUGCUUUACCACGGCCUCGUUUGAAAGGAUUGUUUUAGUGAGCAUGAGGAAGUCAGACCAGCAGGUUGAAAAAGUACAAAUGCAGCUUAACAAACCAAAAAGUGAAACGGUAUUUUUAUUUGUUAAAAAAUGUUAAAAAAUAAAUUAAAAUAUAUUUUGUUGUUGCUGUUGUUGAGCUUUUUAAUUUGUAGCUUUUUCCACAGUUUCUGUGGAAGAAAGGUGGUGUUUCCCACACUUCACACAGAUUCUUAUGGAUGUUUUCAACUUGGAUCUUUGCUUUAAACUAUGAAGUAUAUCUUAUUUUCUGUGUGGCAAUUUGUAUUUCUUUUAGCUGUGAUAAGAAAACCCAUUUUCACUGUGAAACACUUUUUCAGUCCAUGUUGCACUUUGGAGGAUGCAUCUUUAUAUACAAAAUUAAGGCAUUCUGAUUUAUUUUUUGAUACUGAAAUACUUUCAUAUUAUUCACAUCCUAAUUACAAGUAAAAAUAAAGUUGAAUAGAGAAUUUAAUAUCUUUCUUAUUCCACAUGACCAGCAAACUUAAUGAAAUUAUUAAUGUAUUUUUUUUAAAUGGUAUGUAGGUACUGCUGUAACCUUUGCUGUGACUCAGUUUUCAGGGGACAUUUAUACACAUACAUUUGUCUGCUCUGACACACUGGAGAUCUGGCGUGUCAGAGCAGGCUUAAUUGAUUGAGUCUGCUCUGCACGCAAGCUGACUGUUGGCACAGUACAAGAUAAGGCUGCAGGCCCCUGCAGCCCUGCACCCAAUGAGACUGGGCUGUGAGGAUGCGGAUUCCCUCAGUUUGAUCACUCAGCAAAAGGUCGCCUAAUUCUCACCUGCCAUGUCUUGUUGCUGAAGGUCUGUUUGGCAGGAGGUGGUUGAACCUGCUGCAUGUUGGCCUGGCUGUAUGGGAUCUGCUUCUUCUUUGGGGCUCUUACCUCCCUUACACCCCAUCCAAGCGCCACCCAGAUGUUAAUGCAUCAUUAUGCCCUGAUUUUGUAUGGGCAUUCUUCUACUUUCAUUUGAUCUUAUAGGCCUGUGGUCUUCUUGUGCCUGGAGCCAAGGAAAUGUUUGCCAAGUUGACCUCCCCAGAAGGUUGUUCUGUUGAGGCUUGGUAAAUGAAGAGAAAUGAGGGACAACACAAGGUACAAAACUGAACUCAGGUAAGUCUUUUGGCCUCAAGGCCUUUGAACCACUGGCUGCAGUGUCCCACAACCACAUAAGUCAGUCCUGAAAGGGGGGAGGGGGCUUGUUCUCUCAGUCCCGGCCCUAUCAAGUAAAAGCAACAAUAAUAAAAAAAAGGAACACAGGAAAAUCUCCAGUUGGUCUCCUUUACAUGUUGUACCUUUCUAUCUGCCUUGGACACCUCAGUGUCCUUCCUCUGUGCUGUUGCAGCAUGGGUCAGCUCACCACAUGAGAUGGGCCCUCUACAGCCCUUACCAACUUGGCUCUGUCCAAAGGCCAAGGAGGAUCCUUUCCCACUGUCCCUCCAGCUUGGGUCAUUGCUGGCUGCUCUUUUUUUUUCUUUUCUGGAUGGUCAGGACCCAGCCUAAUAGGCUCUUCUCUUCUCGCCCCCCCAGCCGAAAUGAAAGAAAAAUAACUGAAAUAAAAAGACCUCACCUGGGGCAUUGUCAGCUCUCUGGCCAGCUCGUUUCCUAAUAUGGUUUCCUACCAGCCCCUCCAACAGCUCUUGCGCUACUGUGGGCUCGGCUGCGGCGGCCCAGACUAUCGGAGUCCCUCCAAGCUCCUGGGCUGGGAAUCAGCCUUCUCUCCAUCCCUUGGGGUUCUGGCUGUGGCAUUCAAUGUUCCAGCAUCCAUGUCUCCUUCCCCCCUCGGUCCUGUCACUCUUCCUGCCUUGGCACUGGUCCAGAAAUACCGGUGCAGCUGCAGGCAGGUCCAAUCCAGACUGAGCAGCUGCUAAUAAAGCAGGGCUCCCACAUCAGCUACCAAUCCCUUGCUGCUGGCUCAGGCAUUGCAGGUAGGUUUCUUCCUGCUGUGGGUGCACAAGGGACUUUUCUCUCUCCUUCACAUUUAUGUGCCCAGCGCUGCGUAACAUACGUUUAUAUAAACAGUGAACUGUGUGUCAGCGCUGGGAAAAUGGCAGCUGUGUGCUUUUGAACUAAAACACCUUCAUAGUGU